ACAAUACACGCGUAAUUUAUAUAUUUCUAUUAUCUAUCAAUCUGUUUUAAAGUGUACACAAUAUUUAAUGGAAUAAAACUUAAAAAAAGUAUUUACAGUGGUGAGGAGAUUGUUGAUUAACUCUACAACAGUGCUUUCAUUUAAAACAAGGAAGAAGUCAGUUUAUAUUGAUAAGGUCCUACCACUAUUUGAUACAGAUCCGUGGAUGAAUUUAUAAAUGUAAAGUUCCAUGGUAUAAUAUCGGAGCCGAUAUCCAAUAGAAAAUGGAUCAGGCAGCUGACAUUAAAGAACUCUCGUCAUUGAUGUUAUCAGAAGUUUUGAAUGAUAUUGGCGUCAAUGAAAGAAUGGUGUUGAAAAUGCGACAAGUAAACAUGCUGAGAGAGACUAUGAGUAAUAUCACACUCUGGUCAAUUGGUGAUAAUAUGACUACAUAUUAUCUAGGGAGUCAGAGUGAAGGAACAACUACUGUCGGACUUCAGUCAGACUUAGAUAUACUAUUCUUUGAAAAUGACGUCAAUGUUAUACAAGACUGGUCAGAGUGGGAACACGGCAAAGUAAACUAUUUGAUGAUACAAGAUGAAAACACUACUCCUGGGUAUUGUUUCCUUCAACUUCUCCAAUCUGAUGAACCUUUUCCUGCCAUUGUGAUUCCUAAAGAAGAUCAUAUUACUGAUAGAAAUGGAAGAAUAUUGUUGAAAAACAAAUUGAACAAUGUUAUUUCUCCAGAUGCUUUUCAGAUCGGUCCAUCAUUUGCUUUACAUGGACAUUCAGGAAUGCUUGAUGAAGAUUUUGUGAAGUCUUUACCCUGUAAAUCUUGGCCCCAAUCAGCGUCUGUCUGGUUAGAGAAAGUAAGUGUAAGUAGAUGGUUAACACAGGAUAUAAGAAGAUAUGUAGCUGGCACCGGAUGUUUUGUUGUAGCCACUGGAAGUAAGGUCAGUAAGUAUCCUGAACAAGAAUGGAGAAUAUCUACUACACUGGCAGAGAGAUGUCUUAUGUUUAAUUUGAAUAUAACACAAAUAAGAUGCUACGUUUUAAUGAAAAUGAUUCUAAAAUCUUACCUGAAUCCCGAAGGUGAAACACAUUUAUCAAGUUUUAUGUGUAAAACAACUCUGUUACAUAGCAUUGAAAACACACAUCCAAGUAUAUGGAAAGAAAACAAUUUGUUAGUAUGUUUAUCAUAUUGCUUACAAAAAUUACACAAUUAUGUACAGUAUGGUCAUUGUCCCCAUUUCAUUAUACCAGGAAAUAAUUUGAUGGCAGGUCAGUUUACAGCUAGGGAAAGACACACACUCUUGAAAAGGAUAAACAGAGUCAUAAAUAAUGACGUACACAUGUUGCUUAACAUUUGCAUUGACGAUCUAGGAUAUAGAUUGCAGGAAAAGCUGAAUAUAGUACCUCGAAGAGUGUACAAUUUACAGACCUCUCUUGAAGUUAGUGAAUAUUGUUCAACUAUCCAUUAUAUUAACUUUGCAAACGCUAUGAGUAGCAAUCACAAAGGGGUUCUUAUAAUUGUACAAAAUGAGGAAAAUAUUGGAGCGUUGAAGACAAUUCUUUACAAGCUACUAAGCUACAGUUAUAGAAGUAAUGGACUAGAACAAGCCACGUGCAGAAUUGUGGUAUCACUUCUAUUGGCAACAUUUGGAACAGUUCUGGCAUCAUCCUGUAUUGGUAAAAAUAAACAAGUCUCAUCUGAAGCAUUAGACUGGUUAUCAAAAGGCUUGGAAUCAGACGUUACAUCUAGCAGACUUAAACUUGCCUCAGUGUACUAUUGUACAGGAGAUAUGGUAAAAACUGAAUUCAUUCUGAGAUAUAUCGAAAAUCAGUAUUUUUCUGUUCCCAUCUUACAUUGCUGUAGCUGCUGGGAUCAAACUCCACCAGAAGUAACAAAAGAAUUCACGAGGAUAUGUAAUGAGGAAAAUGUUGACUGUGUCAAACAUAUUACAGCAUUCUGUGUCAAGUUCAUUAAGGCGGAGAUCAACUGUGUUCCUCAUGAACUACAAUAUGAAAUGUUCAGAUCUACACAAGAUGAUAUGUUACAUAGACAUGCAACAAAAAGCAGAGGGAUGGACUGGUCUAUAAUAGAUUCACUAAUUUACCUCUACUUCCUACAAUAUAAGACCUACCGUCAACUAGGAAAAUUUCAAGAGGAACAACAGGCACUACGUAAACUUUCAAGAGCCAUAGCUGAAGAGGAGAAUCUUGGACAUAGAGAAACAGCUUUAAAUAUUUUAGGACAAUGUAUGGAACAAGAAAACCGACCUCAGGCUGCAUUUAACUGCUACAUUCGUUCUCUACACCUACGAGCUAGAAAUAAUGCAGCAAGGGUACACAUUUGCAGGCUUCUCUGUAAAUUAUCGGUCAGUAAAUACAAUUGAAGAUCAAAAAUAUUAUAGGGUUGAUAUUAAUAUAAACAAUUAAGUUUAAAGUGACCAUGAACAGAAUUUACCACGAGUCAAGCUUACAGAAUUUUUCCAAAAUAUCGCGUUUCGUUUAUUUCUACUAUUCUGUAUCAAUACAAUAAUGCACACUUAUAUAUAGAUAUAAUAAUAAUAAUAAUGAAUUUUCAGAAAGGAUUAUAAAGAAAAAAGCA